CCUCAAUCGUCAUGCUAUUCUCGUACUAUUUUUAGGCGUUUUGUGAAUUUUCAACGUUUCCUACGCAUCUUUACGACUUGCUUUUUGUCCCUUUUCCAGACUCUCUCUCUAUAUAUUCGGAGUUGAGAAUAGAGUAGCAGUCACGCCCAUCUUCAUCCUUAUUAGUAAUUUCUCCCUGAAAUCCAAAAUGGGCCGGUUGGGGUUUCUGUUCGUCGUUGUAAUUUCCGUCUCCUCCUCACUUGUUUACAGUGAACCUCCUGAUGCUGAUGAUGCUCAAAGUGCUCAGACCUUCAUUGUCAGAGUCCAAAAUGACUUGAAACCUUCUGCUUUCUCUGAUGUGGAACAGUGGUACAAGGCCACUCUUCGAAGCCUUGAUUCCAACCCUUUGGACUCUGAGACCACCAUAACCACUCAGACGCAGAAUUCUCGAGAACUUCUGCAUGUCUACAGAACUGUUUUCCAUGGCUUUUCUGCUAAACUAACUCCACAACAAGCCCGACAGCUCGAGACACGCCCCGGGGUUUUGGCCGUUCUACCCGAUCGUCUUCGCCACUUACACAUAACUAGAUCCCCUCACUUCCUCGGCUUAUCCUCGGGUAACCCGGCUGGCUUGUUGUCUGAAUCUGACUCAGGCUCCAACGUUAUUAUAGGGAUUUUCGAUACCGGAAUAUGGCCAGAACAUCGAAGUUUUCAUGAUGAAGGUCUGGGGCCCAUCCCUUCCAGUUGGAGAGGCGAGUGUGUAGGAGGACAGAAUUUCACCAAAGCUCACUGCAAUAAGAAAAUCAUUGGCGCUCGAUAUUUUGCCGCCGGAUAUGAAGCUCGAAAGGGCGGGAUUAAUUCUUCUGAAGAGUUUAAAUCAGCUAGAGACUCCGAUGGCCAUGGGACACACACCGCCUCCACCGCUGCCGGCAGAGCUGUCAGCAACGCCUCUUUUUUCGGCUACGCCAGUGGUGUUGCUGUCGGAGUUGCGCCUAAAGCACGAAUAGCAGUGUACAAAAUUUGCUGGAAAAAUGGUUGCACGGACUCCGAUAUUCUCUCAGCCUUCGAUAAGGCGGUGGAGGACGGGGUGAAUAUCAUUUCAAUCUCCGUCGGCGGCGGCGCUGUGCCAUACAAUCUAGACCCUAUGGCAAUUGGUGCAUUCGGUGCAAUGGAGAGGGGCAUUUUGGUCUCGGCGUCUGCUGGUAACGAGGGUCCAACUAAAAUGACGGUGACAAAUGUUGCACCGUGGAUGACAACAGUCGGCGCUAGCACAAUUGAUAGAAGAUUCCGUGCUGAUCUCGUGCUUGAAGAUGGACGGGUGAUAAACGGAGCGUCACUCUACACCGGCCUGCCUUUGCCUGAAAAAACUUAUCUUCCUCUGGUAUACGGUGGAAAUGCAAGCCGGACUAUUGGCGGUAGACGCGCCGGAAGUUUCUCUGCCGCCAUUUGCACGGCGGGGUCAUUGGAUGAAGAAUCCGUACGUGGCAAAAUCGUAGUGUGUGAUCGAGGCGGCAACCCCCGAGUCGCUAAAGGAGAGGUUGUUAAAAAAGCAGGCGGCGCCGGAGUCGUGGUGGCCAACGUUCCGCCAAUCGGCGAAGGCCUAGUCGCAGACUCUCAUUUAAUUCCAGGGCUCGCCGUCACCGAAUCCGCACGCCUGAUAAUUCGCGAGUACAUCAAUUCCAGUCCAAACCCAAGGGCAACGAUGGUAUUUCUCGGCACCGAGAUCGGCGUUAAACCAGCGCCGGUGGUAGCAUCCUUCUCGGCGAGAGGCCCCAGCAUUGAGUCACCGUACGUGCUGAAGCCUGACAUCAUUGCGCCAGGUGUAAACAUCCUAGCAGCUUGGCCUGACGGGGUGGCACCGAGCGAGCUAUCCUCUGACACACGGCGUACAGAAUUCAAUGUGGCAUCAGGCACAUCGAUGUCCUGCCCGCAUGUUUCCGGCGUGGCGGCGCUGCUGAAGGGGGCCCAUGCCGACUGGUCACCGGCUAUGAUCCGGUCAGCUAUGAUGACCACGGCUUACAGCCAUGACAGCGAAGGCAAACCACUACUGGAUGAGAAAGCUUACAAUGUAUCAACGGUUUGGGAUAUUGGGGCAGGACACGUGGAUCCAGAGAAAGCCGUUGAUCCUGGAUUCGUGUACGACUUGAGUCCGAAUAAUUACGUUAAUUUUCUCUGUGCAUCAAAUUUCACCCGUCGAGAAAUAAGGCAAAUAGCUAGGAGGCCAAUCAGUUGCAGUAAAAAACAAAAGCCGUGGGAUCUUAAUUACCCGGCGAUCUCGGUUGAAUUUGAGGCGUCUGCAGACAAGGAUCUUGAGAUUGUGGUUACCAGGACUGUAACUCAUGUCAGUGAAAGCGGAGCUGUGUACGGCGUGACAGUGACCAAUCCCAAAGGGGUAACUCUGACGGUAAAUCCGGCGAAGAUGGAAUUCAAAUCAAAGGGUGAAAAGCAAAGUUACAGCGUGAGGAUAAAGGCGGAUAAGCUGGUGGUGGCCCCUGGUAAUAUCGUAACGGAGGCUGGGAAGAUAGCAUGGUCUGAUGGGCGGCGGCAGGUGGUGUCGCCGGUGGUAGUGAUGUUGAAGCAGGGUUUUUAAAUGAAUCUGCAGGUGCACUAUAUAGUUGUGUAUAAGUUUGAGUCAUGCAGCUGAGGUUGCAGAAACAUGGAGAUUUCAAGAAUUAAUGUUUGUGAAUGUUAUGGAGUUGAGGAUGCAUGAUAGGCAGUUGAAAUUUGGUCCUCAUUUGGUAGUUGAUGUUCACUAUGUUUAUGCGACAAAUAUAUAUUUCGGUGGUUGUUGAGGAUAUUAA